UUCCCAACGGAAGGAACGGAAGUAUAAAUACCUCUACGAAACUCUGCGAAUGCCAGUUCUUUUUUAGAUUCUAUUCAGAGAAGUAGUACCAAUGCGGUGUUCAAUUGUUUUCAUUUUAUUGGCGAUAACCUUUGGGCGAUCUCUGUCCCAGCAUUGUGAGGUGGAUGAAUCCCAACACGAGUGCGGAGGAUACUGUUACGGAGCUGUGAAACCGGUCCUGGAGUACCUCGCCAUCCUGCAAAAGCGAGUGGAGUCCUGUGAGGCCAAGCAGCCGGCUGACACACUCUCCAAAAUCGCCCUAAUGAACGAAAAGUUGGAGACUUUGGCAGGACACAUGGCAACCCAGCAGUAUUUGGAAAAAAGAUCAACGGCAAAAACUCAUGAACUAGAGCAACAAGUGGCUGCCGUGCGGCAAGAACUGGACACAAAAUUACGGGAGCGCAGGAGUUGGACAGCCACAGAUAUUAGAGCAAAAGUGGCUGCCGCGGCAGAAUGGACGAAAGAUAGAGACUCUUGGUAA